UUUCUUAUGAUCGAAUAUAUAUUUAUCUCAUCUCGAGUGCAAAAAUUUUUGGGGAUUUCACGCAACUCGAACAAACCUAAAUUGUGCAAAAAAGUGCAACUAAAAAGAACAAAUCAUCAAUUCGGAGUCGGGUCGAAUCAAUAAAUUGAAUAAACGUUAAUAAAUCAUGAGAAAUCACGCGUAAUAAAUUAAAUUUGUAUAUCAACCUCUUUUAUUAUCUCUCGUUUGCUCUGUUGCUCCCGGACGAUUAUCUUGAAACGAAAGAGAGAGAGAGAGAGAGAGAGAGAAAGAAAUAAAAUGAGAGAAAGAGAAAGCUUUUUCGAGUGGGAGUAGGAAUUGCUUAUCAUGCACAAAUUUCCUAAAAUUUCUUCACAUGCGUAUGUGAUAGCUAAAGAAAUUGAUAUCUGCGCAGCUAUUUCACAGCAAUAAAUAUCUUUUAAUUAGUAUUAUCUCUGCGUACGCGUAUAACGAUGUCACGCGCCGAACGAGAUUACAGCUUGUUUUGUAACUACAUAUAGACAAGAUUUUGUAUACACAGAAUGAUCCGAAUUCAUCAAACGCCACUUUGAUUUUGAAUCUAAUAAAAACAAAGAAAGACAACAGUCAUUAACAAGUAAUCAGGCGACUUUGGCGACUCGAGAAUCAUCUGUGAUGUAAAUAAAGUAGUAAUUCUACUUUCCGGUUUCAAGUUUAUCUCAACGAGAGAUCAAGACAUCAAAUUGAGCUGAAUUUUCAAAAAUCUACAGAUUUCUAUCUUUUACUUUGCAACAUCUUGUAACUUGACUCGAAGGGGCGAGCGGUACUCCGCGUUUAUUUAACGAAAAAUAACUUAUAGAACGUGAUAUAUCUGGUGAUAUCUGGACACUCUGUAUAAUGACAAAUAGAAAAAAAGGGGGAUACGCCGGCAGUAUUAUCAGGUAACGUGACGAAAUCGCGUGUAUAUACGUAACGCUCGUAAAAACUCUAGCCUUGACCGUCGCCUACGAUACCAUUCAGCUUUGGCUAUAAUCGCUGAGAUUAUAUUUCAUCUAGCCUGUUGUACGAAAAUUGUCGUCGGAAAAAUGGGCCAGCGGGUCUCGAAGACGGAUUUCGAAUGGGUCUACACCGAGGAGCCGCACGCCACGCGACGUAAAAUAAUUCUAGAAAAAUAUCCACAAAUCAAACGGUUGUUUGGAUAUGAUCCAAAUUUCAAAUGGAUCGUCACUGCGAUGGUACUGAUACAGUUCCUAUCGUUCUUUAUUGUCAAAGAUUUGAGCUAUCCAAAACUCUUGCUAUUAGCAUACUGCUUUGGAGGUGUAAUAAACCACUCUCUUAUGCUUGCCAUUCAUGAGAUAUCUCAUAAUCUUGCCUUUGGACAUGCUAGACCUACAGCUAAUCGAUUAUUUGGCUUUUUUGCAAAUCUGCCAAUAGGAAUACCAAUAUCUAUCAGUUUCAAAAAAUAUCAUCUUGAACACCAUCGUUAUCAGGGAGAUGAAAAAUUAGAUACAGACUUACCAACAUUGUUAGAGGCGAAAUUAUUUUGUACAACUUUUGGAAAGUUCUGUUGGAUAUUAUUACAACCGUUUUUCUAUGCAUUCCGACCUCUUGUAACGUAUCCAAAAAUACCAACUACUCUGGAAUAUAUAAAUUUAGUUAUACAGUUGACGUUUGAUGGCUGUGUAUGGUAUUUUUUCGGUGGUAAAGUGUUAUUUUAUUUGCUUAUUGGCGCUUUCAUGGCAAUGGGAUUGCAUCCUGUAGCAGGACAUUUUAUAUCGGAACAUUAUAUGUAUAAAAAAGGUUUUGAAACGUAUAGUUACUACGGUCCUCUAAAUUUCAUUACUUUCAAUGUUGGAUACCACAACGAACAUCAUGACUUUCCUGCAGUGCCUGGUUCAAGAUUACCAGAGGUGAAACGUAUAGCCGCGGAAUUUUACGAUAACUUGCCGCAACACAAUUCGUGGGUUUCUGUUUUGUAUGAUUUUGUGAUGGAUCCUGAAAUCGGGCCAUAUGCAAGAAUGAAAAGAAGGCAUCGAGGAUUAGAUCAAUAAAUUUUCUAACUUUUUAACUUUUUUAAGUUAAGAAUAUUAUAUAAGAUUUAUGCAUUAUUGCUAUAUGGAAUUGCAUGUUUAUUUAAUAUACAAUUUAAAAAUUUGCUAAUUAUUUGGGGUAAAACUUGAGUGUUACAUGCUGAGAAGCAUCUAAACAUAUUUUCUUGAAAUGUAAUAUAAAUUUGGGGAAAAUAAUUUAAGGAUAAUAUUAAUCUGGACAAACAAUUUUUCACUGUUUCUGUUAAGCUUUUUCCAUUUUCUAGACGUCUAUUUCUUAAAAUCUAGUCAUACUGUCAAUAACUUUUGAUUUAUUCGUGUCAUUUAAUAUGAGUUAUUUUUUAUCAAUCUUUUUUGCUCAAUGAAAGGAUAACUUAUCUUCAAUUCUGAUUCAAUUUUGAUUUCCAACUCAAAUUACUAAUUUUUUUUCUAUUUAGGUUGUAUUCAGAUAUACACAGCUAGCACUAAAAAUCUAGUAACAUGAAUUAUAAAUUUUCAUUAACGUGUAUAUCGGAACACAAUCCUAGUCGUUAAUUUGAUAAUUAUUAGCGUUUUCGAUGAAAUCAGGGUUUUAAUCGAAUUUUUGAGAGCAAUUAACACUGUUACAGUUCAAUCUUAAUUUGAUUGUAUAUUAUAUCUAAAGGAACUUCUAAUUAAAUAUGAGCUAUGUAAAUUGCACUUAUUGGAAUCCUGGAAUAAUUUAACCUGCGUUAGUCGAAAACGUUGUGUCUCGCAGAGUGAAAUGAAUCUGUGAUGCAAAAAUAUAUACUCGAUGUAAAAUAUACCGACUCUGUUAAACAAUGGCAUUGUUAUCUAAAACUUGGAUCUUGCUGACAAAUGUGGAACGGUAUAUAUAUGCCACAUAAUAUGAAAUUGUAUAUAUCGCUUUAAUAAGAUGUGCGAAAUUAAUAUGAUACAUAGACUAUUUGUCAAAUAAUUGUAUAUUUUUCAUAAACAAUAUAUAAGAACAUUGAAAUAGAAACGUAUAUAGAGUUUCUAGAAUUAUUGUAAAAUAAUUUACAUUUUAUAUUAAUUUAUCUUAUUGUUGCAAACUUGCAUAUUUAUUUUAAAAAUUUAAUAAAUGCACAGUGUAAAAGCGUAUAAGAUUGCCUAAAAAUAUAGGUUAAAAUUUUUGCGCGAUUCUGUCGUCACGUGUUACGUAGCCAUUUCCGGUAUUUCAAGUCGAAAAUGGUUAUUAGCUUUUUUAUUAUUAUUAUUAUUAUUAUUAUUAUUAUUAUUAUUAUUAUUAUUAAAAUAGGCAGGUGGUGAUAAAGUUCGCUUAUGUUUUUUAAAGAGCACGUAGUAUGGUGGUUGCAUCAGCAUGAUUAGGAUUUGAGAGAAAUAUUUAUUAUAAAUUAAACACAAUUUGCUAAAUACGUGCAUAAAUUGACUGUAUGUCUGCUGCAAACGUAUUGGAGAGCUAUAAGUUGGAGUGAUAAAUCGGAUGAGUGAAUGCUGAGUGGCUGAAUCUAUCUUAUAUGUUUAUGGGAUAUCCUCAGAAUAUCCAUAAGAAAUCAAUGUCGUUUCUCUCUGCCUGCGUUCCGAAAUUUACUACUAGUACUGACAAGUACUUGUGAGAAAUAUACGUAUAAUAUACGUAACAUGAACUAUAGAUUUUCAUUACAAGCAGUGAAUUUCAGAACGCAACCUUUUAUAUGAGACUCUAAUUUGAACCCAAGGGAUUACUUAUUCACAAAUAGAGUGCUUGACUGAUUUUCGAUUUCUUGUGAUUGCAUACGAUUUCAACAUAAUUUUAAAGUAAUUUCGAUUUUUCAUAAAUUUGAAAUGAUUUCGAACGACUUCGUAUAAUUUCAAGUGAUUUCAUAUGUUUAACCACUCCAGUGAGAAAUGAUGAUGAAAUCGAUAUCAAACCAACAUUGAUUUGACGUCGAAAUCAUCAUUUUGAUGUCGAUUCGACGUCGAUUUCAUUAUCAUUUCUCGCUGGGACGUAAUUUCCAUUUAAUUUCUUAAAAAUUUAAUAUUGAAUGAUUUUCUAAUUUUAAAUUGAUUUUAAUAAUGAUGAGUGAUUUGACUGAUUUCAUGAGUCAGUAAUCUCUUGUGUGUGUGUGUUUAAAUCUAUUAAUCUAAUUUCGUAUUUCAAUUCAUUAAAAUCCAAAAAUAAUAUUAUGAAAACAUGAAUCCAUCCGAAUUUAAAAUGACGAAUAGUGACAUUUUCGUAUUUCAAUUCAUUUGAAUAGUUCAUUGGAUCCCAAAAUAAUCAGACACUGUAAAAGCGCGAACUCGGAUAAAUGAAAAUAAAUUGCAAUUUUCAAUUUA